AUGAGAGAGAUGGUCAAAAAAUUCACCAUAGACCUGCUUGAACACGACACUGACAUCAAUCUGAAAGGACAGUUGCUCAUGACAUGUGUAGACCGGAUGAUAAGGCAAAACAUGGAGAGACCAGUACCCCAAGACGGAAUAUGCAAGUUCCCUGUGCUCAACCACUACGAGACUUUCUUCGUUCAAUUCACCGGCUCGCAGAUACUUUUGAAAAGACAUGAGAUCAAUUUGGAGGAGAUGUUAUAUUGA